AUGCACAACCCCGCCAAGAUCCCCGGACAAGCCCCGGAGCCCGGUGACGCCGACGCCAAGUCCAGAGCUCAGCCAACCCAGGUCCGUUUCUCCUCCAUCACGGAAGAAAUUGAACCAGGUCAAUCCGAAUUGUCCCCUGUGCCAGAGCAACCGUAUCAGUCUCUGUCAGGACCUACAGACGAGGAACAAUUACGGUCGCUGGCGAUGAGUAUGCAGGGCGCACAGCUUCAGGAGUCGCGCGUGCGCAAGUUCUCUUUUGACCCCAUGUCUCUUCCUUCCUCCAGGGUUGGCUCUCGAGAGUCGAGUGAUCGUAGCGGGCUUGGCACCGGUGCCUUUGCCUCUCCGCAUGCGUCUCCUCCGGUCUCUGCUGUACAGUCACCGCCUCUUACUCCAGCCGCAACCCAUUCUCGCGAAGGCAGAAUUAGCGACAGUGCCUCUCUGAAAGCUACCAGCCGACCCCACCUAGACACCAAUUUCACCCCUGAAGCAUCACCUCCAGUCGGUCCGAACGACAAGAACGGCACGUCUCGACCCGGCUUAUCCUCCCGACCCCUGUCCACCGAUCACCUGCCCACCAGAAAAAGUGAAGGUUCAGACCGAGCUCCUCAUCACAUUCAACUACCGAAACAUCGUGCGCAAUUCUUCGUUGGAAAUGACGGGGGCGCCCAAGAAGAAAGCCCCCCCUCCACUCCAAGAGAGCCUAUUACCCCGCCAGGGGCCAUGACCCCCGUUGGCGAACCUAAUGACCCAUAUGCGCGCCAUAAGCGACCACCUCAAUCCAAAAACCUUGCCCAACUGGAUCCGCGGUUUAUCUUCAGCGGCCGAGAUGUCAAACGCUCAUUCCGUCCGGGCGCUCCCCGAUCCACCAGCGCAAGUGACCUCAGCAAAUCUAGUGACAAGCGGAGCAUCUUUGGUAGUGCGAAGAAGGAGCAAGGCGACAAGAGCCACGGUCACCAGCAUCACGGCUCUAUGUCUGAGCUGAAACGCUUCUUCAAGAUGGGCCAUCGCAACAAGCGAUCCGAGUCCCCGACGUCCAUGCCUAAGAAAUCGAGUCGGUCAUCUGGCAAGUCUUCUUAUCAGGCGGCUCCAGACAAUGUUCCUUUUGCCGAUGACCAUGGUCUGAAUUCCAAGUAUGGAAAGCUGGGCAGGGUGCUCGGAUCUGGAGCUGGUGGCUCCGUGCGUCUUUUGAAGCGCAAUAGUGACGGCGUCACCUUUGCAGUGAAGCAAUUCCGAGACCGUCAUAACUGGGAGAGCUUGAAGGAGUACUCCAAGAAGGUGACUGCAGAGUUUUGUAUUGGCUCCACCUUGCACCAUGGCAAUAUCAUCGAGACCUUGGAUAUCAUUCAAGAAGGCCCUCGCUGGUAUGAGGUCAUGGAAUAUGCGCCGUUUGAUCUGUUUGCUAUCGUGAUGACAGGCAAAAUGGGCAAGGAGGAGAUUGCCUGCUCUUUCAAACAGAUCUUGAGCGGUGUGGCAUACAUCCAUGGCAUGGGUCUGGCCCAUCGGGAUCUUAAACUGGAUAACGUGGUGGUGAACGACCGUGGCAUCAUGAAACUCAUUGAUUUCGGAAGUGCUGUCGUAUUCCGCUAUCCGUUUGAGAAUGACAUUGUCCCUGCUUCAGGUAUCGUUGGCUCGGAUCCCUAUCUUGCCCCCGAGGUCUACGACGAGAAGAAAUAUGACCCCCGUCCCACAGAUGUUUGGUCGCUGGCGAUCAUCUUCUGCUGUAUGACCUUGCGUCGCUUCCCAUGGAAGCAACCGCGCAUGACCGACAACUCAUACAAGUUGUUCGUUUCCAGCCCGACCCCAGGCACCCCGGUUGCCGAACCUGACUCACACCGUCGGCCCAAGUCGACCCCCGAUCUUCCUUCCCAAAACCAUGACAAUAAGCGUCUGACUCCUCGCUCGAGCGGCGGACCUUCCGAUCAGUCUGGAUCGGAGCAGCAUGCAAACGGAACUGAAAACGGAGACGCGAACAAAACAGAGCCCUCGCAGGGGGAUCGCUCUCCCGAUACUGCUCAAAAGCAGAUCAGCCAAACCAGCAACGGCCCCCAUGAGCGGACCACCCGCACGACCAGCAAAGAGGCGCCACCGGUUCCGACAUCAUCCCAGAAUUCCGGGCAGCGCCAGGAAGUCAUCAAGGGCCCAUGGCGACUUCUCCGCAUCUUGCCGCGGGAAAGCCGGUACAUCAUUGGCCGCAUGCUGAAGACCAACCCGAAAAACCGAGCGACACUCGACGAGGUAAUGUCGGAUGACUGGGUAAGGAACAUUCAUGCAUGCCGACAGGACGAAACCGGUGAAACCAUCAGUGCCCCCGGCCACACGCACGUUCUCGAGCCCCCCGCUCAGAGCCCUGCUGUGGCCAGCAAAGCUACCAAAGCUAAAUAA